AUGGCGGACCCCGCGCAGCUGCUGCUGCGCAUCGAGGCGCUCGAGCGACGUCUCAACACGCCGCCGCCGCCGGCUCCGCCUGGCUCGUCCUUUGCGUACGUCCCUGCUUCGACGGGCGACUCGUUUUUCCUGCUGUGCUCUGGGCUCAUGGUGUUCUUCAUGCAGGCGUGCCGCCUCCUCUCGUCGAGCUUGCCGGCCGUUUGCGGCUUCGGCAUGCUCGAGUCCGGGUCGGUCACCUCCCGCUCGACUCAAGCCAUCCUGCUCAAAGCCGGCGGCGCUGGUGUGAAGGGCGCCUGCCUGCUGUGGUGGAUGGUGGGGCACGCCGUCGCAUUCGACGGCGGCAACGGCUUCAUCGGCGGCGAGGUCGGCUUCUCCCCCUCCUCCUUCUUCACGGCCGGCUACAGGAAUGCGGACGACCCGGGGCGCGCAGUCCCCCCGUACAGCUAUUUGCUCUGGUGGUUCCAGUGGACCUUCGCCGCCGCCGCAGCAACCAUCGUCUCCGGCGCGGUGGCGGAGCGGACGCACUUGCUCGCCUACCUCUCCUACACGGUGCUCAUCACCAUCCUCAUCUACCCGGUCAUCGUGCACUGGGUCUGGUCCGCCGAGGGCUGGCUCUCCGCCUCCAACGCGGACGCCUUCCAGGGCGGCGUGAUCGACUUCGCCGGCUCCGGCGUCGUCCACCUGACCGGAGGCACCGCCGGGCUGUGCGGGGCGGUCAUCAUCGGCCCUCGCAACGGCCGCUUCCAAAAGCUUCCCGAGGGCGGCAUCCUCUCCGGCCUCGUCUCGGUCACCGCCGGCUGCGCCACCCUCCCCCUCUGGGGCGCCCUCAUCGUGGGUGCGAUCGGCGGGCUGGUCAACCGCGGCUUCGGGCAGCUCGCGUCUUCUGUCCACGGCGCGUGCGGCGCGUGGGGCGUCAUCGGCGCCGCAGCCCGUCGGCGAGUCUGCCGCGUCAAGCACGAGUCGGUCGCCUACCCAGAGAGGAACGGCGGGAGCGGCGGCCUCGUCAGCGGGCAUGGCGACUUGCUCGCCGUGCUCUGCAUCAUCUGCUGGACGGGCAGCUUCUCGACCGCCCUCUUCCUCACCCUCAAAAAGUUCAACGUGCUGCGCCGGCCAGACAGCUACGGCGCCGCCGCCAUGGACGAGGACUUGGACGCGACCAUCCACGAGGGGAUGCCGUACAUCGACCCGUCCGCCACCGCCUCGCGCGCCUCGUCGACCGCGACGACGGCUGACCCGGUGGAUGCCAGUAAGGCAUGA